GCUUCCUUUCCUCUUCGACCAGCACCGUAUUUAAAGCACCGAGGUCGUUUGGAAGAUGUCAAUUCUAGAGUCCAAAUGCCCCUUCUCGAAGAAGUGAAAGCCGCCAACGCGUCCUGGACUCUGCCGACAUCGUACACGCCUGUUUUUGUUGUUGUUGGCGGGACCUCUGGUAUUGGCCGGGGUAUCGCUGAAGCACUCGGCCGCUACAGCCACGGAAAAGCGCACAUAAUUAUUGUGGGCCGAAACAGCGUCGCAGCCGCUCAGAUCAUCGACGGCAUCGCCAAACCCCCUGGUGUCAUCCACGAGUUUGUCGAGUGCGACCUCACCUCCCUUGCCAACGUCAAACGCGUCUGCGCUACCCUGUCUACGCAUUUCCCCAGGAUCAAUAUGCUCGUCAUGACCGCUGGUGCGGUGACAUUGGAAAGCGUCAUCACCGCUGAGGGCAUCGACAAGAGCAUUGCGGUGGUUUACUAUUCGCGAUGGGCGUUUGUCGCCGGGCUGCUUCCCUCUCUGCUUGCCGCUCAAUCCGCAAACGAAGACGCGAGAGUGUUUUCAGUUCUCAACGCGGGACUUGGGAAGCCCAUGGACCCCAACGACCUUGGCCUGAAGCAGACGAUGGCAGCCGCGACCUCCAUGCCCGGACUGCUCCAAGCAGGGCUAGCAAUGGCGACCUAUAUGGACCUGAUGAUCAUGGCCUUUGCCAAACGGUACCCAUCUCUUGUAUUUGUCCACGCCAGUCCCGGGGCAGUCAGCACGCCGCUUUGGGCCUCCUCACCGACCUGGCGGCUCCGCCUCAUAGGCUACCUGAUCAAAAUCAUAUAUGCGCGCAAGGCCAAGUCCAUCGAGCAGUGUGGGGAACACCAACUUUAUGCAAUUCUCCAUGCUUCUGCUGGAGCCGGCAGAACUGGGCCGGAAGGGGAUGCUAUUGGAAUGGAUACGGUGCAAGGAUCGGAAGAGGAUGCUGAGGCCCUGUGGAGGCACACGGAGGAGUUGACGAAAGGAAUUGGGGUUUAA